UUUUUUUUUUCUCAGUUGCUCGAUCAUGUAGAGCUUAGCUCUGGAUAGCGUUCGAGAAGUAGCUCUUAAACCCUAACCCUAGAAGAGGCAACGAUCCACGUAUGGAUUCAAAUUAGGUUUUGAGAAGAGAAUUUCUGGGGAAGAGGAAAUGGGUUCUUGCUCCAACACUUGGAUUUUUGGAGAUGGAUCGGCAUGUGCAAAAUCUCCUCGUCAAACGUUUCGGACACCAUUUGUAGGGGUAUUUAAUUUAAACAAGCUGAAAUUUCCUGUAAAACUGAGCCAAAAUUAUAGAAAACGAGAUCAGCAAUUUCCGUGUGUAAAAUGCGCCAAGAAGAAGGAUGGGCGGUUCGAUCCGUCGUCCGUCGAGCCGCCACCGUAUUACAGUUACAUGGACUCCACUUCCGGGCAGCUGGAGCCGGCAUCCGGCGCCCGGGCAAGCAUUCCGGGCAGGGAAUACUGGCCCGAAGGCACCGCCGCCCGUGUCCGGGCAGCUCGGGCACCUGAACCCCUCGGUAAAUCUCAAGGCAGGCCUUCUUAUGGCAAGAACCCCGGAAGCCGGCGGAAGAAGUAUAAAGGACAGGUGGCGGCCUCGGAAACUGCAGAAACUAGCGUGGUUGUUAAUGAGCCGCCGCCCGCGGUUGAGAACGAGAGCUCGAAUGAUGCUCCCGAUCAGACGAAGGACCCGUUGGAUGAGUAUGUUGUUUAUCGGACGGAGCCGGAGGAAGAGAAUUUAAGUCAGUAUGAGUUGGAUAAGAGAAUCGGGCGGCCGCAUCCCUUUAUCGAUCCGGCCAAGGAUAAGCCUGUGGAAGAGCCUCGGUCUAGCGAAGAUCUGUGGUGGAAUUGGCGGAAGCCCGAGAAGGAGCAGUGGUCGAGGUGGCAAAGAAGGCGCCCGGAUGUCAACACGGUGUUUGCAAAAGCAAUGGCGGAAACUGGCCAGAUAAAGCUUUUCGGAGACCACCCAACACAGACAGAAACUGCCCUCGCAAGGGCCAGAAGACAUCUGUACAAAGAAGAGCGGGUACAAGCAGAACAAAGGAGAUUAGAAGAGAUUGGCCCGAUUGCGUACUAUUCGGAAUGGGUCAAAGCUUGGAACAGAGAUACUUCACGUGAGGCUGUGCAAAAGCAUUUUGAGGAAACUGGAGAAGAUGAGAACACUCAACUGAUUACAAUGUUUCAGCACCAAACAGCUGAAGAAUACCGCAUCAUGAUGGGCACCGAUAUUCGCAUACCGCGGGAUCCUUUAGCGAUGCGAAUGCGAGAAGAUCAAAUCAAAGAAAUAUGGGGUGGUGAUCCUGUUUAUCCAACUGUAAAUUAUAUUCAAGAUCCCGAUGAAGUAAUUGACUACAGAGGUCCAGAUUUUCAUGAGCCUACUCCUAACAUGUUGGCCUAUCUCAUGGAGCAAGGGAAGAUUAUAUCAAGGGAGGAGCUUGACAAAAUAUUGUCAAAAGAGAAGACUCAAGAACUUGAGAUAACUGAUAUUGACGAAGCUAUGGCUACUGCAGUUGACAUCGGGGAGAAUGAUGAUGAAGAAGAUAGUGAGGAAGAGGAAGUUGAAGAAGAGAAAAUAAAUCGGAAUUGGAGUGUUCUGAAAACUACGCCACAGCUUCGCAAAUCAAAGGAAAAACCCAAGAAAGAAGGUCCCAUGUCUUUAGAAGAGGCUGUAGAUGAUUCGGAGAACUUAACUGAUUUUCUUAUGGACUUCAAUGAAGAGGAGUGACAACAUUAGACUACUUCAAUUUUGCUGCCACAGCUAAAUCUACUCAACUGAGUUCUGCAAGUCGUAUCUUGGACGAACAGAAAUCCACCACUCAAAACUUGAUGUGCGGAGUAUAUAUGUGGUUGCUUGAUUCAUCUAUUUGAGGCAUAUUCCGUAGAGAGCUCUUGCUGAUUCUAUGUGGCCGUGAAUGUUUGCCUGUAAUGUGCAUACGUAAAAUGGUGCACAUUUAAGCAACUCGAGUAUUUAGAUACUACAUGGUACAAUCAGUUGAUAGGUUGAGUUGCAGAUUUUAGAAUAUAAAAAAGUAGAAAAAUAAGCAAGUCCAAUUAGUCUCUUCUUUAGCAUGCAUCAAGGUAUCAAUCAAUAUGUUCAUUUUUCUAUAAUUAGAGAGAUGGAAAAGUAAAUGAUGCUCGCAAGAAUUUGCACAUAUACACUUGCGUAUAGGACGUACAUUUUAACCUUGUUGCAUUUGAACUCGCACAUUUCGGUCGUAGAUACAGAUUAAUAUCUGCAUGUUCAAUGACAUCUACAGAUUAAUAUCUGCAUGUUCAA